GUUGGCAACCCUGUCUGUCUACCUACAGCAAAUCAGCUGAUCGAGUUACGGAGUGUCAACAAUCUCCAAUUUUUUUGUAAGUGGUUACUUAAAUUCCUGUGGAGAAAUAUCGCUUUCAAAUUACGGAGAUUUUAUCUGACUUUUGGCCCCUUAUUUUGUUACAAUAAAUCUCUAAUGGAAAGAAGCAUUAUCAAGUGCUUGGAUAAUAUAUCCGAAGUUGCCAGUGUCAGGGGAUGUCUUUUGGCUGAUGAACAAGGAUUAUGUUUAGGGGUAAGAGGAGGGAUUUCACCACAAAGUUCUGGAGUGAUUACAGCACUUUCACAACAAGCUGGAUUGCUGGAACCUCACAGUACUAAACAUCCUGUGGUAAUCCUUGAAAAUGACUUUAGGCAGUGCUAUAUUCAUGGGAAUGGAAAAGUUGUUACUGCUAUUCAAAAGACUGCAGCCUCUUGAAGCUGGUAUAGAGAAUUAUGAGGAGCUUUUAUGAAUUGCAACUGCAUCAACUUAAUUAUUAUUGUCAUUAUGUUUAUAUAAAGUAAAUAAAUUGAUUUUUUAUGAUUGAUUUAUAAUUAUGCUGUUAUGUAAUGUUACAAUAAUCUAAUAAUGAAAUGAAUGGCUUUAUAGUU